AUGCGAGGGGCCGCCCUCGUCGAGGUGCGACGCCUCAGUGUAUGCGGCGGAGGGCGUCGGAAUCUCGUCCAUCGGCGUCACGUCGGAGUCCGACAGCUCGUCGUUGCUCCGUGCGGAGGCGAUCGCACGGGGCGACGCCACACGGGAGUCAAGAUUCUUUACGAAGGCCAACCUCCCCCGGCGCCUCGCGCCAUGGAUGUAAAGCGAGAUGGACCCGAUCGCGGCGAGGCCCAAUUGGUACACGAUCAGCGCCACAACCGAUUGCCAAGGGUGCCAGUGCUCGAAGCCAAACUGUUCAAUGACGGCCUCGCCGUUGGGGUAAGCGCAGUGCGGCGUGACGGGGUCACGAGAUGA